AUGAAUCAACAAAUAGAUUCUGUUGGAUCUAGUGCCGGUGGGAUGGUUAUGGGAAUGAGUGAGAGAAUUUUAGGGAGUCAACCUCUUGUGCGGAGCAAGGGUAUUCAAGGCGCAGUUGUAGUUGGAGGAGAGUUCUUUAUUUCAUCCGAGGACCUAAACAAAGCUCUCAGACGCUGGGCCGCAGAGUUACCUCGGGAGAUCUAUGUUGAUUUACUCAACGAGGCGGUUGCUCAAGUUAGUGGAAUCAUCGAACAACAUGAAAACGCACGCGACAAGGUUCUCAUCGAUUUGCAUGAGGGGUGGACGAAAGCUGCGGGUAGGCUUGCCCGUGCCUGCCCAGAUUACACGCGCGCCGCAAGCUAUAUCGUGCAUGCGGUGGUAAAUCGGCUCAGGAAUGCAGUUGUGGAAGAAUUUAGUGACCACGAUUCUUCUUCAAUCUCUGGGGACAUUCCCACCAACGUGGCUGCCGAAGGAGGGUUUCAUCCCGUACUGGGUCGCGAUUCAGCGAAUUCGCCGAGACCAACCAAUGAUAGGGCAAGCCAAGAAGUGCUAACAGCAUGCACUUCAAGUCACGGUACAGGCGGUGCUUCUACCAAUAUGAGUGACUCACAACCCAGAAAGAGACAGCAUAUAGAUGGUCAUUCGGUUCUAGGAAGUACGCAAGGUUUGAUUGGCGAUAUUGAAUCCAGGAUUCAAAAACAGGCUGUAGCCGAUGCUACCCCUGGCUCUGCCGCGUGUGAUACUCCUGCAAGUCGUUCGAAGUUACUCCCAAACGCAAAGGCACAAAGAAAUAAGCAAAGUACUCAUGAAAAGGCAAUUCAUCCCAAUAAACCGGAGGUUGAAGCUGGGUCGGGAGUUCAAAAUCGGAAUGUUGCAGGCACUACUCUUAGUUCGUCCACGAGUGGUACUCUUGCGAGCGGUCUUAAAUUACGCUUUAAGUUCCACCCAGAAGGAAGGGAGCGACCAAAACUCCAAAAUACUCCCAAGAAAGCAGUUCUCCAGAAAAACCCAGAGGUUGAAAUUGGAUCCAAGAUCCACGAUCAGAAUGUUGGCCAAGACCCAGACAGCUCACCCAACAACAACCACGCUACAACAACUAUAGUUCUCGAAGACAUCCUUCGUCGUCUUGGGCAUGAACCCCUUCAGAAGCUCCAGGCAUUGCAAGCCAACGGCCAUCUUGUGCUGGACAACGUGUUUGAUUGGUGUGAAGCAGUGGAUCAGGACCAACCGCUGCUUCAGCUAGCGGAAUUGGAGGCGACGAUAUUCUUGCACCACUGUGGCGGCGACAAAGAGAUGUUUCAGAGCUUGAAAUAUGGACUAUUGCAGCAGUUGAUUGAGACAGAUCCGUCUCUACGAGCCAGUCAUGAGCCCGUGAAGUUGAAUUUAAUAGAAGACAACGCAAUGCAUGUUGCACCAUUCAAGAUCGCGACAUCACUGCGAGGCCUUAGUCCUGGAGCUGACGCAGUUCUUCUCCAAAGGCCAUAUACAGAUCCUACUGUUGUGGCUGAAGUCAACCUUCUGCUUGGCAAUGAUCGAGAUUUGGCAUGGGAAUUCAUUCUACAGUGGCGAGCGUUGGCAAUUGAGCACAUAAAACUUCAUUUCAACCUGUGGCGAUGGACAGAAAAGUCAUUUUACGGAAGUCAGGCAUACAAUCCGGAAAAAGAGGCCAUUGAAAUCAAGGGAUAG